UUUCAUUAGGAGGCGGCCGCCGGCCGAUUUGACCGCCUCAAAUGUUAUUCAGGCCGGCUCAAAUUCGGAAAGAAAAUAUUUAAAAAAAUCGGCAAAUUUUCACGACGAUGACGAGAUAUUUAGUAUUCGUUAAUAUACUAACUGUCUGAAACGGAAGUAAACAACCUUAACCGAUAUAUGUUAACUGCGUUCUCAUUGGUCGUAUCGAUAUAAUUGUCCAAUCGCGGAGUGGGUAACGAGACUGUACGACUUUGAUUCAAGGUCACAAACUGUGGCAAAGUCAACAAUUGCCGGAUAUGUCAAAAAAAAGAAAAAUUAACGACUUUUUCGUUUGUGUUUCGAGUAAGAACGAAAGUUCGCUGUUGAAGUUAUCUUGUUCAAGUUUUGUUAACGUUUAUCAUUUACCGGCACCUCCGAUUAAAUGCACUUUCCUGCUACACUUACAUUUCGUUUCUUAUUCGAUUUUCGACAGAUUUCGUUGAUGUUUGGUUUCUCCACAGAGUUUUGAUCCUCCGAGCGGUAAGUGGAUUUAUUUGUUACCACAUUUUACAGGAGGGUGAGUCUUUCAUUAGGAUAAAUGAAACUCUCGAGCCCCAAACUCUCCUGAUUUUUUUCAUGAUUAAGGACAUAUCACUUUCUGAAACAGUCAGACGUGGGUGGGGUAAUAUAAAAUAAUAAUUCCUUAUAUAAGCAUUCUAUAUAUAGUUUGGAACAAUAUGCACAACUAAAAUUACAUAUAAUUCAGUGAUACAUGAACCAGUUCUAAUGAAAACAUUACCCCACCCACUUCUGACCAUUUCAGAAAGUGAUAUGUCCUUAAGGUCGGACCUGGUUGCCUAAAAUGCUCAAUAUAUUGAAUUGGCAGUGCAAUGUUAGGCUAUGUCCAAAUUUUUAUUUGAAAAAAAAUGGCCCAAAGAAGCUUCCUCAGCAAAAUAUUUAAAUCCUAAGAUUUCAUCAGCUGGGGCAACCUAUGCCCGAUUUUUUUUCAAAAAAAUUGCCUAAAUUAAUCAAAUAAAUACAGAAUAUUACGCUAGUCAAUUGUUCCAAGAGUUUGUAUCACUCAAGUAGCAUGUGUGAUGACGUAUUACGCGAGAGGCGGAGCCUCGAGUGUGAUGCGAAAUAGCACAAGCCACGAGAGUGAUACAAACUCUUGGAACAAUUGACUAGCGUAAUAUUCCUUUUAUUAUAUACAACAACUAACGAAAACUAAAGAAAACAGUUAACAAAUGUAUUUUUUACUUUAACAAAACUGACAAAACAAUGACUAAAACGGUACGCCAUAGUUUAUUUAAGACGCGUAUGAAUACAUUUUAUGUAAAUUAACGUGUAAACAUUCGAACCGGGAAAACACAGGUUUCCGACAUGCUUACCUUAAUGCCAUCAUUAAUCCAAUUUUAAUAACAAUUAAUAAGUUGACAACUUUAAUCCGAUGUUUAUAACAAAAACGUUAAAACGAUAUGCACAGCCUCUUCUAUCUUCCAUGACUUUAUCGAAACUAAGUUUGAACCACGCUAUUUUAUUGUAUUCCUAUCAAAAUAUACAUUUUUGCAUGAUAAACACACACUCCAAAAUACGUUUUUUAACACAUAGUUUACUUCUGAUAAACACCACGUCCGACAUGUCCUCACAGAGUUUAGAUAAAACUUAUGUGUUUUGUCACAGAAAUGACGUCACACGAUGUGCCUUGUAAUAUAUUUCGUACUGUAAAAUAUUUCUAUUUUUGGUUUGUGUAAUGUGACAACAUUAAGUGGGUCGAACUAGUCCGGCUAGUAUGGUAAUACGGAAUUGUAAACAGCGAGUAGCGUAAUACAGGAUUUUUUAUUUCAACGAUUGAUACAACCUGUAUUUUGUUAAAAGCAUUAAAUAGGUAUAUAAUAAAAACAAUUAUUCUCAUGUCAACAGGCACACAAUCUUUAUAAACUGAAUAAUCAAUUAUUUCAGAAAAAGACAGUCAUGAAACACACAGUGAUGCCAGUGCAGGAUGCUCAUCUGAACCCAUACAUUUACAGACAUCUGAACCCGUGCAAGUGCAGAUGUCAAAGGCAAACGAAGAAUCCUACCAUGUUGUGGAUAGUUGUAGUGGUACAAGUACAGAAAACUCUAAACCUGAGGGACCAAAACAACAAACAUGUACACCACCCACAGAUGUCAAUGAAACAAAAGCAUGGAGUCCUGAGGAAUGUAGGAAUGCAUUGACCACCCUGUUCGACUCAUCGAAGAAAGUGCACAAUGUUCAUGUGUGUGGCAAGACGGACUGCACUUCCAUCAGUCAUCAAGAAGAACAACGUUUAAUCCCCAAGAAAUUUCAACAUAAUUGGAUGACAGCAAAAAGAUGGUGGUUGUGUUACAUAGAGGGAGAGGGUAUGUACUGUUUGCCGUGUAGGAAAUAUGGUAUGAAACAUCCCCAGAAUCAGAAAGAGGUAUUUGCUGCAACACCUAGUGUGCGGAUGAAAAUAAAUGCCAUGAAUGUUCACUCAACCUGUAAUCUGCAUACAGCUGCUCUGGAUAGUGCUGUUAUGCAGAAGAGCUCUAUCUUUGAAAAGGAAAUAAUCAAAAAGCAUGAAUCUGAGAAUAUAGUUCUGGAGCAAGUUUUUUCCACAGCAUACUUUCAAAUGAAGUCGUUUAUUGCAAAUCAGCAUUUUAUUCCAUUGUUGACACACAUACAAACGACAUUUGGUGUUGAGAACUUGAAGUACUUCGACUACAAUUCUAAAGGUUCGCACCAAGAAAUAUUUCAGACUUUAGGACAGGCCUUGAAAAACGAUGUAAUUAAUAAGGUGAAAUCUGCUGGUGCUUAUAGUGUGCUUACUGAUGAGGUGUCAGAUAUAUCCGUAACUGAAAAUUUGGUCACCUUUAUCCAGUUUUUUUCCAGAGAAUCAGGCAGCAUUGCGACACAGUUCUUGGCGUGUAACAACUUACUGGCCAACUUUGACUCUCCUAAUGCGGAGGCAAUCACCUCUGUGAUUGUAAAUGAACUUGAAGGUCAUGGAUUGUCGAUGGAAAAGUUUACCGGCUUCACAUCGGACGGUGCUUCAGUUAUGAUGGGAAAAAGAACAGGAGUUGCUGCCAGACUCAAAGAAAUAAAUCCAGUACUGCUCAAUGUCCAUUGCAUAUGUCACAGGUUAGCCCUAGCAUGUACGGACAGUAACACUGACUUAAGGUACAUCAGUACUGUGGAAACUGUUCUCAGACAGGUAUGGCAGUUUCUUGACAAUUCCCCAAAGAGAAUGGCCACAUAUCUUAAAAUACAGGCCAGACUAAAAGCAAUCCACUUUGAAGGUAAGGCUUUCAAAAAAAUUUCAAAGCGUUUGAAGAAGGCUGUAAGCACAAGGUGGUUGAGUUUCGAGGCUGCAAUCAAAGCUGUCUUUGAGGACUACGAGUCAGUGCUGCAGACAUUAGCUUUCUUCAAGGAUACUGACGCAGUUGCCUCUGGUUUGUUUGGAAAGAUGAAGAAUCUGAAAUUCCUUGGGGUAGUGUACAUCUUGAACGACAUCCUCCCAAUCCUUGCCAACCUGUCCAAAGAUUUCCAGACUGGAUCUAUUACCUUCGCAACCAUUGUGCCAUCCAUAAAUCGCACAAAAGAUAAGUUAAAAGAUCUUUUAGAGGACAAUGCACCGAUAGAAAGACUGUCUAAAGAUGUUGAGUCUCUGACUGAUGUUUGUUCGGACAUAAAAAUGAACCCAAGAGAAGCAAAAGAACUUGAGAACUUGUUUGCUAGUUAUAUAGCUGCACUUAUCGAGAACAUCGACCGAAGAUUCUGUGAAAGUUCCCCUGUGCUGGAGGCGUUCAACAUCUUCGAUCCGAUGAUGGUGCCAGAUCAGAGAGAGGAGAUCCGCUACUAUGGUCAAACUCAGAUGCAGGUGUUGGCUGAACAUUACUUCCGAGAUAAACCCGAGGAAGGAGACAGGUUGAAAGCUGAAUGGGAGGGACUGAAAUAUCACAUCAGAGAUGGCAUGAAGCCCCAUAUUCCAGUGUCUGUGAAAUCUCCAGAGUCCAAGACGUCACCAACAGAAUGGUGUAUCCUCCAGCUAUUGAGAAACACUGCUGCUCUCAAAACAAGGCUACGCAACAGACUUAGCACAACUAUGCUGGAGUCCCUGAUGCAUGUGUGCAUAAAUGGUCCUGAGCCAAACAGUCCUGAAGCCAAGCAGCAUGUCAAGUCAGCAGUCAAGCUGUGGCUAGACAAGAAGGAGAGACGGAAGAUUCCCCCGAAGCAGCAAAGGGCCUCAGCAUCAGCACCAGUUCUUACACUUGUGAAUGCUGGGGUCCAAACUGAUGUUACUGAGGGGAAUGAUAAACUUACAAUGAUUGAGACAGCUGUUGAUAUAGCAAUACAAAAACUUAACCUGGCAUCAAAGGAAUAUGACCCAGAAUCAGAUAGUGAAUUAUCGGAUGAUGAUUGUUGUGGCAACUAGUCUAGUUGCCACAACAAUCAUCAGAUAGUGAAUUAUCGGAUGAUGAUUGUUGUGGCAACUAGUCUAGUUGCCACAACAAUCAUCAUCCAAUAAUUCACUAUCUGAUUCUGGGUCACAUUCUAAUCUAGUUUAGAUUAGAAUCAUCUGAAACUUUUUUUUAUUCUGGAAAAUGUACUAUUAAAAUUCAAAUUGGUGUAACAUGUUUUAAUUUUUUUUAUAUAUACCUGUUAUUAUCAAAAUCUUGAUAGUUGCAGAGACACUCAUUAUCUCUCAAUAUUCUCAUUUGGUAUUUUAAUUUGUGCUAGUGCUUAGCAUGUACACUUCUUUUUAUCAGACUUUUAUUAAUUAAGUCAUGUUCAUGUACUCAUUUGUUAAUGUAACUUAAAGUGCCAGACAUAUACUCAUCUUAUAUCAGUCAUAUUACUUUAUAAAUUACAGUCUGAAUCAGACUGUAAUUUAUGAAGUAAUAUACUCGUUUGGUAAUUUCAUUUGAAGUGCUAGUCAUAAACUCUUGUUAAAAUGUUAUUGUGUUAAGUGGAGGUUCAUUAUAUUGAGAUUGUUCUUUGGUAGUCUGACAGGUCAAUUUUUGCAACUGUUUUAAUGAUCUCAUGUGCUAAGAGUUAACACUGUAAUUGUACUGUUUUAUUGUGUACUCUUAACACAGUAUUACUUAUAAAUGUUCAGGUAUUUGCUCAUAAAAUGCUUCAGUAUUAUUGUUUUAAUUAUUGUGAUGUUUAUCAGACUUUAUUUUUCUUAAGGUUACUUACUCCUUUGGUAAUAUUAUUUGAAUUGCUAGUCACAUACUCGUGGUAAAAUGGGAUCGUGUUAAGUAGAGAUAAAUUAUAUUGAAUGUUAUUGUUUGACAGGUGAUAAAGAAGUUUACAGUUUGUACUGUUUCUUCCAAUUUGCAAUAACUACUU